CACAUAACUUUCUGAACAUUUUCACAUAACUUUAUAUAAUUUUCAUGUGAACACAAUCCGCCCUUUUCAUCCUGUAAGAUAACAGGUCACAGCUGCUUCUUCUCGUUUUUGUGCAGGGUGCCUGCUAUCUCAAGUCCUCAAGGUCGUAAGACUGUGCCUCCUUCCCAACACACACACAUGUAUUGUAACUCUAUAAAAACUGUUGGCUCCCUUUGUCUGCAGAUUCACUCUGUGCAGACUUUUUGACUGUACCUUGUGCUCUCCUGGUUGCAAUCAGAAUAAACCUUUUUUGCUUAUACUCCAACGACUCAGUGAUCUUAUAUAACGAUUUUUGCCACUACGAUGGACGCAGACAACUGAAGCUGAAGCGUCGCCAGUUUUGUACACCACAUUCUGACAUCACUAAUACCAGAUUGGUUCCUCCUUUAAGAGAGUGAGCCAGACAGACAGAGCGCAGUAGAAGGAGGACUGCAACAGUAUCGUGUAUCUGGACAUCUGACUUCCUCAGGGAACAAUGAGUCUUCCAUCUCCCGGCAUCCCUGCAAUCAACAGCACUGCAGGUACAUAUGGAGACCAAAACAACACGAAUGGCUCCACAUGUGCUCCUUAUGACAAUGAAUUGGAAGCCACUGUUAUCCCAGUGUACAUCCUGAUGGUCAGUGUGCUGGGAUUCUUGUUGAAUGCGUUUGUCCUGAUGGUUUUCUGCCUUCAUAAGAAGGCCUGCACCGUGGCUGAGAUCUACUUGAGCAACAUGGCUGCUGCUGACUUUAUCCUCAUGGCUUUUUUGCCCUUCUGGGCUGUGAACCCAGCCAAUAAAUACAACUGGACUUUACCUCAUUCCCUGUGCAAACUGGUCCCCCUUUCCAUCAACGUGAACACCUACAGCAGCAUCUACUUCCUGGUUCUGAUUAGCAUCGAUCGUUAUGUGGCACUGGUACUCCCGAUGUCCAACAAGAGAAUGCGAAGGCCAAAAUAUGCCAAACUUUGCUGUGCUCUGGUGUGGGGCUUCAGUUUACUCCUGAGUGUUCCCACUCUCGUCUACAGGGAAGCAAAAUAUAUACCUGACCAAAAUGUUACUAGAUGCCUUCUUAAUUACCCAAAUAAUGAAACAUUUCUUCUGUUUGAUGUGAUGCUGUUAACGUUUGGCUUCAUCAUCCCCAUUUCCAUUAUUUCCUACUGCACUCUCAAGAUUAUUCAAGCUCUGAAAAACCGGUUACCUCAAAGCCUGAAGAAGGAGCAGAAGGCCACCACUCUGAUGCUGGCGGUCCUCCUGGCAUUCAUGAUCUGCUGGGUGCCGUUUUACCUGGUAAAGAUACUAAGAUGGUUAAUAGUAUUUGAUGUCCUGAGAGGUUGUAGCAUCAGGACCAUCGUGCCAUUGUGCAAGCAAAUCUUCGUGUACUUUGCCUUCUUCAACAGUGUUCUUAACCCCAUCCUCUACGUCAUCGUAGGGAAGAACUUCCGGGCAAAAGUUAGGGAAGUUUUCAACAAAUCAAGGAUUCACACGACAACGAGCUUCAACACCAACUCCACACGCUCAAGACUGAUGAUAGGUGUUAAAACUCAUGGGCCCUUAUUUAUCAAACGAGCGUAGAAACAAGCGCAGAUCUGAGUGUAUAUUUCGUCUUACGACAGGGUUCAAGUGGGAUUUAUCAAACAUUCGUAUCUCUCCAAUCACAGCUUAAGAAUGCUCGGCUGUUGAUAAAUGUGGCGGCUCAAAACGAGCGUCAUUUAAAUGUCACGCCCUAAUAUAUACCCAAUGACUCGCCUUCAGAGUUUGCGACACCGAAGGACG